CAGCGAACAGGCGAGGACACGCUGAUUUGUCGCGGAAGCAAAAUUACAAAUAUUUUCACUAGAUUCAAAGACGAUUUACCGUAAUUCGAGAACUCCCGAUAAUCUAUGGGAUAUCAUGCAAACUAUCAUAGAUGCAUCAACAAUUAAUAAGGAUUACAAAAUAAACUUAAAACGAAUGAUAAAUGUUUGGGCUGAACAGAGGCACUGUCCUGUGCUAAAUGCGAUACGAGAUUAUAAUAGAACUUACGUAAAUAUAUCGUUAGACAAAAGACAAUAUUUUCGUCCAACAACUUUUUUUAUACCAAUCACCUAUACUACGGAAAUGAACAUCAAUUUCAACCCAAAAUUGUCAAUUGUGGAUCAUUAUUAUUUAACGGAAACAAAUCCCGAGUUAAAAAUACCCAUUGAUAAUGAAGAUCAAUGGGUAAUUAUCGAUAAACAACAAACUGGAUACUAUCGCGUCAACUAUGAUCCGGAGAAUUGGCGAAGAAUUGCACGUUAUUUAAAGUCGGAAAACUAUACUAAUAUACAUGUUCUGAACCGAGCACAAAUUAUCGAUGACGCGUUUCAUCUUAUGAUGGAGAAAAAACUAAAUUUCUCUAUAUUCUGGCAACUUGCGAGCUAUUUACCGAGAAGAGAGAAAGAUUAUAUAGCAUGGUACCCUAUGAUCAAAGCUUUUGAAUACAUGUCGAACUAUUUUGCAAUGAUAAAUGCACUUGACGAGGAUCUUCCUUCAGCACUCAAGGGACCAUCAGUAAAAAUAAAAAAGAUGUUGGGAGAUAAAAAAGGACACUUUCUAUAUAGAUACAAGCAUAUACACAAUCAAAUAAAACUCGUCGAUGACGAUUUUAAUCAAAAUUUAAAACUAAACUUAAGAAAAUGGGGAUGUGUUAUUAAUAAUCAAUUGUGCAUUAGAAUAGCCACAAAUAAUUUGAAAUUGUAUAUACAAAAUAGUACAUUAAACAAAAUUUCGCCUGGGUGGGAAGAAUGGACAUAUUGUAAUGGUUUAAAAACAGCAGACAUAGAAUUAUGGUACGCCGUACAUUCGAUGGCAACUCGUAUAUACAAAGAAAAAUCCGAUUAUAAAAUGUUGAAAUUCCUUAGUUGUUCUGAGAAUCCUUUGAUUAUCAUUCAGUAUCUGUGGUUUUUGAUACCGAGAUUUGAAAUAAACACGUUGAAAGAUCAUAAGAUGCUUACACAGAAAGAUAAGAAUAAAUUUCAUACUUUAACUACUAAUAUGUUUCUUUCUACUCUUGCGAGGCAUGCUAAAAACACUCGAAUACUUGAAAGAAUAAUGCAGUUUUUGGUAGAAUACUCGAACACAGUCCACGUCAAGUCAGUAUAAUAACGGCAUUACACGUGCUUAUUAAUAAUGUGUAUACUUUGAAACAAAUCAGUGAGAUAUUGAAAUUUGUACAAAACUUUAUGAAACACUAUAAAUACACCAAUUUUAUUUAUACCAAGUUAGAAGCACGUUAUUAUGAAGUGCACAACCAGCAGCAAUUUUUUUUCUAUUUGUUUCAGUGAAAAUUUAAAUGAGUAACUCAAAUCGUCUCAUUGAAUUGAUAUGGGUGUAAUUAAAACAUGUACAUUACAUCUGCAACAGUAAUGCACCCAUUUUUGUAUUGAU